AUGACACAAUUUUUAUUACUUGAAAGGAUUGAGAAUGAUGACAUCGGGAGGAAGACAUUGAAGAUCACAGAUUUCGGCCUGGCUCGGGAGUGGCACAAAACUACAAAGAUGUCUGCCGCCGGAACGUACUCCUGGAUGGCCCCAGAGGUCAUCAAGUCGUCCCUCUUCUCCAAAGGCAGUGACGUAUGGAGCUAUGGUGUUUUGCUGUGGGAGCUGUUGACUGGAGAAGUGCCAUACAGAGGGAUUGAUGGCCUUGCAGUUGCAUAUGGUGUUGCGGUCAAUAAACUAACGUUACCCAUCCCAUCCACAUGUCCUGAACCCUUUGCCAAGCUCAUGGAAGAAUGCUGGGACCAGGACCCCCACGUGCGCCCCUCCUUCUCCUGUAUCCUGGAGCAGCUGUCGGCCAUAGAGGAGGCUGUGAUGGCCACUAUGCCCCAGGACUCCUUCCAUAUUAUGCAGGACGACUGGCGUGUGGAAAUCCAAGAAAUGUUUGAUGAGCUUAGGACCAAAGAGAAGGAGCUGCGUUCGCGAGAGGAGGAGCUGACGAGAGCUGCUCUUCAGCAGAAGUCUCAGGAGGAGUUGUUGAAGCGCAGGGAGCAGCAGCUGGCAGAAAGAGAGAUCAAUGUGCUGGAGAGAGAGCUCAACAUCCUCAUCUUCCAACUGAACAAAGACAAGCCCAACGUCAAGAAGAGGAAGGGCAAAUUCAAACGCUCCCGCCUCAAACUUAAGGAUGGGAACCGCAUCAGUUUGCCCUCAGAUUUCCAGCACAAGAUCACAGUGCAGCCAUCGCCCUCCAUGGACAAGAGGCGGAGUCUGGGCACCAGCUUCCCCCCCAGCAGUCCCACUCUCAUCCCACGGCUACGGGCCAUUCAGCUGAGCACUAUUUGGAAUGUUUCUCCCGUGUGCUUCUCUCCAAACUUUAUGGGAGCUGUAACGUUCACAGUGAAAGGGUGCCGCAGACAAAGGACUCAGAGCCACAAGCUGACAGCCAGUUGUUUGAACAGUUUGAUAAUGGCUUUAGUCACGCAUCGACGCCCCUGCAAUAACUGGAGCAAAUUCCUCCGCCGCAUUUUAUAG